AUGAGCGACGAUGGCUUUGCCGAAAACGCACCCCUCCUGAGCAGCAUGGAACGACAAGAAGCCACCGAGAGACCUGCUGCCGAGCGAGGCGAUGCCACUGCGACGGCGGCCGACCAUCCCGACGCCCCGAUCCCCGAUUCCACCACCACCGCCCAACAGCGACGCGAGCUCGAGGUGGAGGACGACUCAUCGACUUCCACCCCAAGGUUCUUGCAGGAUGACCGCAAUGGAAAGAGAUGGAAGUGGGGCCCCCAGAACCCGCGCGAUUGGAAGAUCAAGCCCGUCUUCCCGCGCAUCCAGGAAUUCCCUCUCCUGCUCGUGGAGAAGUAUCUGCCGAAGCGGAAACAACGCCUUGUUGUCGUUUUUUUCUACGUAGCCAUUUGGGCUGUCACCUUUGCGCUUGUCAAGCGAGCCGAGACGCUCGCCACUGAGAUCGAGGGCUGGCGCACGCCUUCGGAGAUUGGGUGCGGCGCCACGUAUUGGGGCGCCGGAAACCGAUGCGGCAUCAAUGGUGUCGACUGUCGCCCGUUCAAUGGCAGUGGUUUCCCCUUUUAG